AGGUUUCUGCGCUGUCUCUAGGUAUGCGCAGUCAGUGCUUUGCCAUCCCGCCCAUGCAAAGGUGUGUGAGUGCUUUCUACUGCAUUCCUGUUUGUCUGCAUUUCAGAGAAGCUCUUUUUGUUCAUCGGAGACUGGCAAUCCAGCAGCUGUUUAACCUCGCUGCUCUUUAUUGAACUUGUCAGAUAGCAGCGCUGUGCCGUGAUGAACUGGACUGCGCUGGAAGGUCUGCUCAGCGGGGUCAACAAGUACUCCACGGUGUUCGGCCGCGUGUGGCUCUCGGUGGUCUUCGUCUUCCGAGUGCUGGUGUUCGUGGUGGCGGCGCAGAAGGUGUGGGGCGAUGAGUCCAAGGACUUCGUCUGCAACACGAAGCAGCCCGGCUGCACCAACGUCUGUUACGACAGCAUCUUCCCCAUCUCCCACGUGCGCCUCUGGGCCCUGCAGCUCAUCUUCGUCACCUGCCCCUCCUUGCUGGUGGUGGCUCACGUCAAGUACCGCGAGAUCAAGGAGCAGAAGUAUGCCAAAGCCCACAAGGGCUCCCACCUCUACGCCAACCCCGGGAAGAAGCGUGGCGGGCUCUGGUGGACCUACUUCUUCAGCCUGGUCUUCAAGGCCGGCUUCGACGCAGCCUUCCUCUACAUCCUCUUCUACAUCUACCACGGCUAUGACAUGCCCCGGCUCUCCAAGUGUGAGCUGGAGCCCUGCCCCAACGUGGUGGACUGCUUCAUCUCCCGCCCCACCGAGAAGAAGAUCUUCACCAUCUUCAUGGUGGUCACCUCGGCACUGUGCAUCUUCAUGUGCGUCAUCGAGAUGCUCUACCUGGUAGGCAAGCGCUGCCAGAAGAUCAUGAGGAUGAGUAAGCAGAACGAGAGGUAUCUCCUCUCAGAGUCCAGCCAGCCUGGAUUCAUCCAGCUCUACCAGCCCGUUCCGCUCAACAACAGCAGCGCCAAGGAAGGCAAGAAGGUGGUGAAGGUGCCAGCGCAGGUCAACAAUUCCACCCUUGAAACUGGGACCGGUUUAAGUGUGCCACACGGUGCUUCCCAGUCCACUUCAUCUUGCACUGCAGGACCUGCUUCACCAAACUGAAGCAAACCUUCUGUCACCUUUUUAAAGAGCUGCUCAGCACACCUUUAACGUAGCUGAAACUGGAACGAUCCGGGUGGAAAUAUUUACAUAACCAGAAAAAUACGUUAGUGAUUUUUAUUUGAUUUUUGGAAGUUAUGGCUCCAUCCAGCACUUUUUAUUUGAAGGUGUCAGUCGUUGGGUUCUGUAUGAAGGAUCUAAACCGCGACAGGUCUUAAUGCCACCAGCCUAACAUUUCUAAACCCCAGUGCACUUUAUUCUGAUUGGAUGUUAAAAAAGUGGCUCAAUUGAAACUGGAUUUAAAUGGAAUUAAAAAGCACCUGUAUUACAGAUGUGCCACUGUUUGAUGUUUCAACAAAUGCACCAUUAUUUUGUGUUACUAUUAUUAUUUUUUAUUUUAUUCAUUGUAGUCACCUUUAGCUUUUUAGCUACCUAGUUUGUGGUUGAGGUUUCACAGUCUGGUAUUCAAAGGAUUCGGUUUUGCAUGCGAGGCGGGCUUGUCUUUACAAUACCAAACAUUGUGCCAAUGGCUGAAAAACAAAACACAAUAAUUCAGCAGGGUGCAUCUCAGGCGGAACUACUCUCAGCAGCCCUUCUGCCCUUCUGCGCCACACUGCUCUUUUGUUGGACUGUACUGAGUAGGCAUGCACAACGGAGGUAAGAGGCAGGGUUAGCCAUGGGCCUGGAGCCAGAGCAGAGCUGGCGCUGAGGAUGCUGGAGCCAGAGCAGAGCUGGCGCUGAGGAUGCUGGAGCCAGAGCAGAGCUGGCGCUGAGGAUGCUAGACCGGAGCAGAGCUGGCGCUGAGGAUGCUGGACCGGAGCAGAGCUGACGCUGAGGAUGCUGGAGCCAGAGCAGAGCUGGCGCUGAGGAUGCUGGACCGGAGCAGAGCUGACGCUGAGGAUGCUGGAGCCAGAGCAGAGCUGGCGCUGAGGAUGCUGGACCGGAGCGGAGCUGGUGCUAAGGAUGCUGAACCGGAGCAGAGCUGGCGCUGAGGAUGCUGGACCGGAGCAGAGCUGACGCUGAGGAUGCUGGACCAGAGCAGAGCUGGCGCUGAGGAUGCUGGACCGGAGCAGAGCUGACGCUGAGGAUGCUGGAGCCAGAGCAGAGCUGGCGCUGAGGAUGCUGGACCGGAGCGGAGCUGGUGCUAAGGAUGCUGAACCGGAGCAGAGCUGGCGCUGAGGAUGCUGGACCGGAGCGGAGCUGGCACUGGGUCACUGGAGCGCUCUGGAGCUUGGAGCCGGGGCUGAGGUUCCGGGAGCACCUCCAUUAUUUCCUGCUUUUCACAUUUUAAGCAAACAGGGUAUUGUCAUGUUCAGAUAUCCGUUGAGGAUUCAGACGUGUAUUUCAAUAUAUGUUAAUUUGCAAAACGUUAUCUCAGUCAUUGUAUGUAACACUAUUAAAGUAUCCUGGAAGUAAGAAAGUCCAGACUUUACCCUUGUGAAUUAAUUACAAAGGAUGCCAUGCAGCAGUGACAGUUAAAAAUGAUGAUGAUUAUUGCUGUUAUUAAUGCUGUUGUUCAUGUAAAUGUAACACUGCACUGUACAAUGUGUGUGUCUGUUUACUCACUGCUACUCACACAAGCACAUCCUGGCAUGUCCUGGCUUGCCUCUCUGUGUACUUGUUUUGUAUGUGAUCGUAGCAGUUCUGUGCCUGGCUGGUUCUUAUGUAUUUUGAGAGGCGUGUUUUCUAUAUUAGUAGAAACAUCAACUCUAAGCAUGUUAGGAGCUUGUGAUGGUCAACAGUGUAAUCAGUCUGCACUGCGACUUCCUAAAACAACUCCCAGCGGACAUGAAAGGAAUCUGCGUGGUGUUUAUUUUAUACUGUGUGUUUAUUAACCCAGCAUGUGUGAUGUUCAUGCUGGAUAUUUGCAAGUUAAAGUCGCCAGUAUACUAUUCCUCUGAGUCACAGUCUCUGAGCGAGUCUCAGCGAGCCUGAUCAAUGAAACACUGAAACAAUGACUUCAAGAUUUGCAACAGAAAACCUCUGACAAACUCAAUGUUUCAAAGAAGGAAGAAGUUACAGGUGCCCUCCCUUUACACUGGCCUCAUUGCUGAAAGGUCGCUCAGAGACCCCAAUGGUAGCCUGUGCUGGGUGUUUGAUAGAACAUACCACACAUCCAUUAGUGCAGAAACAGCAAAGGACUGAAGAUUAAGAAGAACACACGCCAUGGGACAGUAAACAGAUAACAACAAAAAAAUGAAACGUCAUGAAAAUCAGAGGUCACACGUAGCGCUGCGCUUUCAAAACCCCUGCCAAAGCUAACUACAGUAAAAGCAAAGUGGAAUAAAGGGUACUGAAAGCCUGGGAAAGCAUCGGCAAGCAUUGUAAACCACAGAGAGGACAGGAUGAACUCUGCCUGGAUGUUUCAGCUAUUAUUAUUAUUAUUAUUAUUAUUAUUAUUAUUAUUAUUAUUAUUGUUAGCACCGGCUUUAAAAUUAGCGUUUCUUUUAUUUAGAUCAGAAUGUAUCUCUUUUCGCAAAACGUCCACAUCUUUCCAUACGGUACGUCAUCGUCUGCAUUUCCAAGCGAUGAAUCACAAUCGCCGCUCCCUCCGCUUUUGUCAAGGGUGGCAUUUUGUGGGUCGGUCGGGCUGGAUAAACGAACCGCAACACCAAAGAACGUAUUGC